AUGGCUUCGGAGGGCUUUCUCACUGCCGUCUUCAAAUUUGUGUUGCCUUUUGUGCCCCUCAUUCUUGCUGGGUACUAUGUCUACACUGCGGUCCAGACAUGGCUCCCUCUACGUCAUAUCCCAGGGCCAUUCCUUGGCAAAUUCUCGUACCUGUUCAUGAUGAGGACCCAGGCAAGCGGAACGCAGCAUCUCCGUUAUAGAGCUGUGGACCAGCAAUUCGGCUCCCUUGUGCGCAUCGGACCGAAUGAACUCACCACCAGUGAUCCGGAGCUCAUACGGCGUAUGAGCGCUGCGCGGUCUCCUUACAAGCGUUCCGACUGGUAUCUUGGAAUGCGCGUAGAUCCUCAUCUCGACAACAUCUUGUCAGAGCUGGAUGUUGACACCCAUGACAAACGACGAGCCAAGAUGGCUGGUGCGUACGCUGGUAGGGAGAAUCCGCAGCUAGAGAAGGAUGUCGACGACCAAAUUGCAUCGUGGGUGAACCUCAUCAAGACCAAGUACAUCUCUGAGGGCGGGUCGCUGAAGCCCAUGGACCUUGCUCUCCAAGCACAAUAUUUUACGCUUGAUGUUAUCACGAGCCUGGCCUACGGCAGAGCCUUCGGCUAUCUGGUCAGGGAUGAAGACAUCUACGACUACAUCAAGCUCGCUGAACAAUUCGUAUCCACAGCUGCGCCUAUCGUUGGUGUGACGCCCAUCCAUAAGUUCCUGUACCGCAGUGGCCUCAUCUUCAAGAUUGCUCCCAACCCAGAGGACCCGAAAGGGUUUGGACGGUUGAUGUCCGAGGCGAAGGCUGCAGUUGGCGAACGCUUCGAAGCGGAUGGCAAGGAGCGACAGGAUAUGAUUGGUGCCUUUGUGAGAAACGGGAUCCCUCAGAAGCAGAUCGAAGCGGAACUUUUGCUCCAAAUUAUCGCUGGAUCUGACACAACCGCAUCAGCUCUCCGUAGCACACUCCUCCGCCUUCUGACCUCGCCUCGGGUCCUCACUAAGCUCAGAGCUGAGGUGGACGCAGCUGUUGCAGAUGGACGGGUUUCCAGUCCGAUUCAGCAGAAAGAGUCGAAGGAUCUGCCCUAUCUCCAGGCCGUUGUCAAGGAAGGCCUCCGUAUCACGCCUCCCUUCUUGGGCCAGGUUGCGAAAGAGGUUCCUGCUGGCGGCGACACCUACAACGGAAUCUUCCUCCCUGGAGGUACUCGCAUCGGCCACAACGUCUACGCCUUGACUCGCCAGAGCAUAUUUGGGCCGGACAGCGACACUUUCCGUCCCGAGCGUUGGCUCGAGGCUGACGCGGAGACUCUUCGCGAGAUGGAGAAAACCAUUGAGCUUGUCUUUGGAUACGGACGCUGGAGCUGCAUGGGAAAGAAUGUGGCUUUUCUUGAAAUGGACAAAGUGUACUUUGAGCUCCUUCGCGAAUUUGAUUUCGACAUCGUCAACGCCGAGAAACCAUGGUCGAGUCAGAACUUCAACAUCUGGAUGCAACACGAAUUUUUCGUUCGGGCGACCGUGAGAGAUGGGGCUGUGGUCCAAUAG